CCCAUACCGCUGAGUUGACGAAGACGCUGCGCGGAGAAGGACUCUCAUAGGGAUGGAUUAGUUGCGAGCUCAGUCGGGAUGGAUUAGCAUUAGUUGUUUCUGCAGACAACAACGGACCCACCACGUCAUAGGUCCUUUAUUUCCCAUGUCCAUCUCGUGAUCAUCUACUGUUGAACCUCUUUAUACACCAGUCUGAGUCUUCUUGCAACAAUAUCAAAAAAGUCAUGGGCGUCUUGUCCAAGUUUGCUAUUCUGGCCUCUACGGCUGAUGGCAUCCGCAUUCCGAAGACGAGUGGUGUCACGGCAGGACAGAUGGCCGCUGACCGUUUCAUCGCCUCGUCACUGGUCGCGGGAAAAAAGACGCGCCAGUUGAGGCAUCUAUUCAAGCAGCUUCGCUAUCCAAAGGAAAAGCCGAGCAAAAAGACGGCUGCUGACUUUUUCAAGAAAGGCGGAAAACUGUCACAUCUCCAGCAGAAGAAGCAGAGCAUGAUACAGAAGAAAAGCGUCAUUUAUGGAUGGAUUUUUUACAAAGAUAAAAGCACGGUGGUGGUGAUAAUAAAUACGAACAAGAACAAGUAAACAUCAAGUAUUAGAUCGAUUAGGAUUACAGUAUUCGCCAGACUGGGCCUAGUGCUAGUAGACAAAAAUUUCAUAAAGCUGGGCGGCAGCAACUAGAACUACAUCCUCUCUUGAUUGUGUAGAGAUACACAAGAGCAACAUCGUGCUGUCGAUCAAGUUUUCCUUUUCUGUUGUGGUUCCAAUAACUAGUUUUUCAAAAACCCACUUUGUUGCUCCUUUUUCAUACCUCGACGCAGCCAGAUGGGGAUUUUUUGAAGGCUGCCCGAGACCUCCUCAUGCCACCAGACGUCGUCCUAGAUGCGCGCGAAGCAGAGGGAAUGUGUCACAAUUUCUGGCAUGAUUGCGCGAUUAGGGCCUGCCCGGAGCCAAUGACGGCGACGUUCGCCGACUGCCCGUCCUUAAUGUCGGGGAUCAUCUCACGUGAAACGGCGAUUACGUGCCCGAACAUCCACAAGCUCAUCGAGCACGGAUUGAUGGACGUACUGUCAUUUACGAACAGUUUUGGAAUCAACAAGAGUGGAAAACAAGAACUAGAACCCCACCUUUAUUCAUAUUCAUUUUAUGUUGAGCGAGUAAUUCUGGUAAUCUCUUUGUGAACCUUUGAUUUGAUGCACCAAUGACCAUGACGUACACUACAGCCUGCAGAUCUGCCCGAAUACCUUCCGGAGAUUGAGUACCGUAUGGGCUGUGAGAUGAUCUUGCUGGGCAAGCCAGAGAUGAGUGAAAUGCCACCGCAGCCAGAUGGCGCGGUCGAGAUGUGCAACGCCAUGUGGGAAACGUGCUACUCCAUGGAGUCAACAGAAAUUUAUGGCCGCUGACCUUGUUUCUUGCAAGAAAUCGAAAUGCUGGCGAUCAACUCAUGUUCUUGGAUUAAUUUUGAGUUCGAGCUUCUUCUAGGACGCGCUUGCAGGUCAAAAACGCGCUUUCAGGUCAAAAAAGUAAUCGUGAUUUCGGAAGCACAAGCGAGCGUGGCCCUGACAUCUACAAUGCAAAAUCGCAUUACUUCUAGCACUAAGAAAAGCAGCAGAAGAUGGCAGAGCAGCAUAUGGAACGUUUCGUGACCAAGAAGACGGCCACGACGUUGUGUCCUGGCAUUGUCGGUGCCAUUGAGGCUGGGCACUUGCCACCUGAUGUCAUUCCAGGUAUAAUCGUGAGGUGACAUUGACUAGCCCGAGUAGAGAGUAAUCCUGGACGAUGUGCUGUACUAUCUACAGUCGGUUUCAGAUGCUUGUAUCAGAAUCAGUUGACUUCGUUCUUCCUCUACUAUGAUUUGGUGUUACUACAAGUACUUGAAGUACAUAACUUUGAAAUUUAGAUUUUUUAGAUUUCUCGUCUAUCGUCAUCUUUCAUCCUCCAAAGAAACACUCCUCAGAUCCUCUAUACGAGCCAGACUACAAGGCUGGCUGUGUCGAGUACAUGCGAGGAGCGAUGCAGCACACCUCUGAGAUGGAGGAGUUUCAUCAUCAGAACGGCACAGACUCCUAUGAUGGUGGGGAUAUGCUCCCGCCAGUCGCCUGCCCAACUGAUCAGUGCUUCUCGACGUUUGAUGCGUGCUACUCCAUGGCUGGACAUGCGGGCCCGAUGAUCCCGCCGGAAAUGAGGUACUUGCUAUUGCUAUUAGAUAGUUCACAUCAUGAAAAUGAACUAGUAGUACGGUUUGAGAUGAGUAAUCUAAAUUUUAUAAAGUAAGAAUUAUCUAAAUUCCUUUGGAUUAUGAGCAGAUUCUUUCGACUUCGAAGCUCUAAAUAGACCUCCAAGAACACCAUGUUUUACAACUGAAUCUACCUCUCGAUCCGCCAAACAGAAACCGCCUCCAUGAAACUAACCUCACAGUGCCAACAUGACCGGACCACCUGCGUUUCCCCCUGGUAUGAACAUGAGCUUGUUGGCAGAGCCAGUGUUGGAUUUGGCAGCUAUGCAAGGACCAGAGUGCGAGGGCAUGCAUCAUCAGAUGGGCGGAUACUGGCAUUCCCCUAGCAUCUCUCGCGGUCAGUUCGUGCACGAGGUCUGUGAGCCGUAUCUUUAUGACUGGAAAUCGGAAUAAGUACAUGAUGGAGAUGGACUAUCACUAUCUUCUGGUCCUGAAUCCACGCAAAACCAAAUCAAUGAAGCAAUACGAAAAUAAAAAUAAUCGGUCCUGAAUCCACCCAUCAAAACCAAAUCCAUGAAGCAAUACGAAAAUAUAAGUUGUACAUGCAGCUGCAGAAUAACGCCUCCACCUCCAUCUUCUAAUGUACCGGAGUUUACCACUCCAACGCGACGUACCCUGGAGCACCGGCUUAUGAGGAGACCCCGUGUGACACUUGCUUGAACUCGUGCCACGAACGCGCCUAUGGGUGCCAUGAUCAUGCACAUGCAAGCGACGACUGUCAACAGUGCGAUCGGUGCCACUAUGGAGACUUCUUCCUGGGUCUUGGGGGUACCUUUCUAAGCCCAAGAAGUGGCAUCUUGUUCCAUUGUUCUUGUUUGGCAGAACUCUUCCUGUCCCAAAUUCCUACAUAUUGAAACUACCAUCCUCAACUCAAGAACUACACAAUCCAGGUUGCGAGGGUUUUAUGUAUGACAGUCCGGAUUGUCACAUGCAGUGCUACAGCGAGCCGGAGUACGGCUGUCAAGCGUGUGAUACACAGCACGAAGCAUGCUCGAUGGAAGCUGAGAUGUCGACCUGCUUUCACCAGUUAAGACAUCGGUAGUUGUAGUUUUUAGAAUCUUCGUAACAAGGGUAGCAUCCUGUGGAGGUGUACAGGCAAAGCACGUAGGCGUACCCGUGUGAGUGGGAUUUUCUAUUUCUAAAUUUUCUAAAGAAAGGACUUUGACUCAUACUCUACCCCACGAACCACAACCAGACAAACUAGGAAAGUAUGCUCAUGAUAUUCCACAAACUCGGCACAUCCCCAUCGUCUUCUAAUCUCUUGCGACGCGGGUGUCUGCGCGCAUGACCCGUCGCACUGGCCAGAGCACCCAGCGCAGGAAAUGCAGAUGUGCGAGGCAUGCAAGAGCGAGAUGGGGGAUGUUCCGGAAUGCUAUGACGUCUGCGCAGUGGCGCACCAUGACAUGAUGACGCAGCCAGCGUCGCCAGUGAUGGUACUAUUUUUAGAACAAGGUGGUGUGCCCGUUUCAGUACGUUUUUGAUGUUUUCUUGCUCUUAGUCGUCCGAUUGGUAAUAAAUAGUAUUUACGUAGGGCAAAGAAAGUCAAAGAGGUGGAAGUACAGCCGUGCUUAGAAGCUGAGGGGUACUGACAACAGCAAAAGAAGAAGAAUGGGAACUGACAUGACCAUGAGCAUUUUUAAUCAAGAAGCGAAGAAAAUCCUCCUCCAACCACACUACACUGUUUCAGCCCGCUCCGUUGGAUUUUGAGCCUCCGCAGGCUAUGGAGAUGCCCGACGCACCCCCACCGACUGCGGCCGGCUCCUCCGUCUUGGCGCCAGUCAAUAUGACCGGUCACGACGACCCGAUGAUGGGGGCUGCGGGAUCGAUGCCGAUGCCAGCUGGUGGCGCUAUGCCUCCGCCGACGAUGCCCGAAUCGACCGUGCCGCCAACCGCGGCGGUGCCGCCACCAGCACCACCUGCCGUUGGCUCAGCAUGAGCAUAUAGGGUGAGGCGGGAGGAGAAGCUGAUCAGCCGUUGUAGGUCAGACGCGCAGAAGAAGGUUGUGACUAGGAGAGGAUACUGAGAUAGAGAUACUCGUCUGACGAGCUUUAGUACAACAUCUCAUAAUGGUAAUUUUCUCUCGGUUACGUGUUCGCAAGGCACAGUCAUCAAAAUUUAGCUUUGUCAAGACUCCCAUGGUGCAUGAAGCUUGUUGCUCAUUUUUUUUCCAGUUCCGUAGUUGUACGCAUGAUGAUCGUCAAUGCCACAUAUUACGUCUUCAAGGAUUACAUAAAAAUGAACACAGUUAUAACUUAUAACUUACUCUUAUAUUGUAUUUUCUUUUCCAGUUUUCGUAUCAGUAAAUGUUUUUAGUAAAAAACAGUUUAUUAUUCAUGCAUCUUUACUUCGCUGUGUCUUGGUGUUGCUGGGUACUCCUGUAAAUCUGAACACGAUAGGGAUAGACGAGUCUCGAACAGCACUGAAAGUGAACAGGCAAUAGGAUUCUUUUGUUUUUUCCAUGUUGUACAACCAAGGAUGGAAGGAGGAUGAUGAAAACUGCACAAAGAACAGUGAAAGCGCUUGCAGUUGUGGCUCGUAGAGCUUUUAAAAAGUAAAAGUCAAGCCGUGUCAGUGUACAAGAGAACAAGGCAGAGCGAAAAUCGACUUGCGUGGGAAGUGUUAAACUUGUUCCGUGCGGCGAGU